AUGUGCCCAUUAUAUAUGAUCAGCAAGCUACUUAUAUUGUUGUCCCAUGGGACUUCUGGAACCUUGUCCGAUGAAGAAGAACUUUGUCCUACGUUUGUCGACGGGAUUGGUGCAGUUGGUAUUACCAUCACCGGAAGAGAUAUUGGCGUGCUACAGUUGGGAAGCAACGCUUCAUUAGUGGCCGAAUUCGAGUACAGUGGAGUAUUAUCCUCCGCUUUUGCCGUGGCCACGGCGGUUGUAACCGUGCCACCAUACCGGUUCCUUAUUUUUGAUUCCCGGAAGGAUUGUCGCAGACUCAAUACUAGUGAAUGCGUAAUGCGGCGAGAAGCAAAUUAUUACUUGUUUCGUUAUCAAAUCCCAAUUAGCUCACAGUGGCCGAUGGUAUGCGCAUGGCGGCCUCAAUUUUCCGCAACAUUUGAACUAAGCAGCACUGACGAGUCUGAAAUGUACUGCAGAACAUGA